CCCGAUUUGCCAAACUAAAUUGCAGGUCCAAGAAGCCAUCAGCUGCGCUUCUCCUCCAAGAGCUGCCUGCGCCCACCUCCCGAUUCUCAGGAGAAGAACCGCUCGCACGUUGCGAAGCUUCGAUGGCCAUGAAGGUUCUAAGGGAGGUGGGGAGGAAGAGGAGCGGAGCGGCGGGGAUCGGAGGGACCAGAGGCUUCGCCGACUGCGCCGCUGCUGCGAUGGGGGUGGCGGAGAGGAGAGAGGGUGGCGGGGGGACGAAGGCGGUGAACCUGUUCACGGCCGUCAACCAGGCGCUCCACAUCGCGCUCGACACCGAUCCCCGCUCCUAUGUCUUCGGAGAGGAUGUGGGUUUUGGUGGUGUCUUCCGCUGCACAACAGGGCUCGCUGAUCGAUUUGGCAAAAAUAGAGUAUUCAAUACACCAUUGUGUGAACAGGGCAUUGCAGGAUUUGCUAUUGGCUUAGCAGCAAUGGGCAAUAGAGCUAUUGCUGAAAUCCAAUUUGCAGAUUAUAUCUUUCCAGCGUUUGAUCAGCUCGUCAACGAAGCAGCUAAGUUCAGAUAUCGAAGUGGAAAUGAAUUUAACUGUGGAGGUUUAACAAUUCGAUCACCAUAUGGUGCUGUUGGACAUGGUGGUCACUACCACUCACAGUCACCAGAGGCUUUCUUCUGUCAUGUUCCUGGCCUGAAGGUUGUCAUACCUCGAAGCCCACGUGAGGCCAAGGGACUGUUGUUGGCAAGCAUUCGUGACCCAAACCCAGUCAUAUUUUUCGAGCCAAAGUGGUUGUACCGUCUGUCUGUUGAAGAAGUCCCUGAGGGGGACUAUAUGCUGCCUUUAUCUCAAGCAGAAGUGAUUCGCAAAGGAAGUGAUAUAACACUUAUUGGUUGGGGAGCUCAACUUGCAGUGCUGGAACAAGCAUGUGAAGAUGCUGCAAAAGAUGGAAUUUCCUGUGAGCUCAUAGAUCUAAGAACACUGAUUCCAUGGGACAAGGAAACAGUUGAGGCCUCUGUCAGCAAGACUGGAAAGCUUCUUAUUAGUCAUGAGGCCCCGAUCACUGGGGGGUUUGGUGCCGAAAUUGCUGCGUCCAUUGCAGAGCGCUGCUUCCUGAGGUUAGAAGCGCCUGUCGCGAGGGUCUGUGGCCUCGACACCCCUUUCCCUCUUGUUUAUGAACCAUUCUACAUGCCCACAAAGAACAAGAUCCUGGAUGCUAUUAAAGCAACUGUAAAUUACUGAGGUGCAGGAGGAAGGUCGUGCUGCUUGUGUAGCACGUUUAUAGUGGAGACAGCAAGCAUUGUGUGUGUAUAUUGCUAUUCUGUAGCCUGAAUAUAUGUCGACAGACCAGCUCAUUUUAUAAAAUAAUGACCCCAAUAAAA